AUGCUGGAAUGCGGUGAUGGAGAAGAAAUACUCUGCCUACCAGUCCUCGGCCAGGAAUACACACCUGGAACACCACUCGUCACCUACCAAUUCCUGGUAACCCGAAGAACAACGAAAGCUGAUGUACGAGAGAAACUCAAACAGUACGGAAGGCCAGUCAGCGGUAACCGAGAGGAAGUGUUGCAACGCCUUCAAGCAUUCUCUGAAGACAAUAAGGAAUGGCUGAGCUUGUUCCAGCCAAAACUAAAGCGAAAGCGAGGGGAACAUACCUCUCGCAAGACAUUGUCCCAGAAGCGGGUCGAGGAUACAUUUGGGGCAGCGCCACCAACUCUCACUUACAAGAGCAAGAAGAGUGCGGACCGCACUCAACGUGCUCUAACUGAUAAGGAUCGCUCUGCAAACACAUCAUGGGCUACAGCUGUCUUCUCAGCAUUUGGAAUGCCAAUGGACUUCAGCUGUGCGCCGGCCCUUCCAAAACACAGACGGACACAGAUAGAACCGGCCCAACAGACUCUUGAAGUGCCGGCAGACUCAGAGCUGACGGGGUGUGGUUCCCUACAUGAACAGGAGUCAUUUGCCGUGUGCAUGCGGAGAGUCGAGAACAAUGUACAGUCAGUCAGAGAUGACAUAUAUAACAUCGAAGGUAGUAUCAACAAGGUGGCCACUCAUGUCAUGGAUGUGAAGUCGUUGGUCAGCCGCUCCACACUGUCUCCAAUUUGCGAGAACCACAUUCCCCACCAAGCACAGCAUCCUAUGGGUCAAUCUGCUGGUACAACUACUGCAGUACUGCCAUCGUCAAGUCAGCCACUAAACUUGGCAUUGCUCUGCUUGGCGAUGAACGGUUUCGAGUACGACAAAACACGGGUCCCAGAGCCACCAACAAUUCACCUUUCGAAGGAUAUUGAUAGGUUGUGCAAGGAGUGGGAGAGUUCGAACUUGCUUUGUGUGGGUGGUCGUGGAAUUCCUGUGAAAUACUGGGGUGAGUUCUACAAGAGAGCAAAAGGUGCCAAAACAACAGCUUGGGAUGCUCUAAGGGCUGAGUGGGGGAAUUGGAAGUUUAUUGCCAGAGGAGCAGCCAGCGUUAUCCAGAUACUGCCUCCUUCUGGUGUGCAUUCAGUGAUGGAAAUGGCAAGAAAUUUUCUUAUCAGCAAAUCCUUAACUGCAUCACCAAGCAGCGGACUGCUGCUGCAGCUCGAGAUGCAAAUAAUGCACUGCACAUUUUUUGGUGGAAAUCUCGACCACCCAUUGGCUCAGGGUGCAUUCCGCUAUGCCAAGGGUAGCAAAACAUAUCUAUUACAAAAGGAUGGCGCCAUUGCAAAGAAAUGGCGUGAACUUCUCUCGAUGCGGCCAGACAUCUCAAGUGUUCAACGUGACUCCUCUCAGUAG